UAGUGAAUGCGAGGGAAGUGGGGGCAAGUGUGGAUUCCCUGUGCCUUCUUAUCAUUUACAUAUGAAUAUGAUUUAGAGUAGUUGAUCAAUCAAUCCUUCCAUAAGGAAUGAUUCCCAUUCCCUUGUGCUGCCAAACGCUAUAAAGCAGAGCAGUCACUAUUCACUCUUCUUCUACUUACUGUCACCGUCACAGACUCACGGCGCCUAUCCUACAUUAUCAUCUUCUUUGCCUUGCCUCCUUUUAUCUAACAUAUUCUAUAUUUUUCUCCCCAUUUCUUCAAACGAUCACCGGGUAAACCCAAACACUCUGCUUCCUCUUCAUGUUCUCUUUGUAUUCUUUCUUUCUCAAAUUCACUGAAAACCCCUAAAUACGCUCUCUUACCCCACUUGGGUCAUCGCUAUCAGUGGUGGCAUGUGGACCUCAUAGCUCCGGCAACACUUUGGUGACUUUGUUAUUUUUGUUUGGGGGUAAACUGGAGAACCCGAUUUGAACCUUUCAUUUGUGGGUUAUGAGGCGUGUCGUGAUGUCGCCUGAUUUUCAACUUUGUCAAUAUAUACAUAAAGGGUCUCCAAAGCAUACGCUACUUUAGCACACUUUAUCACGAUUAUGUUGGUCUGUAUUUAUGGCACUACUACUGAUGAAAGAAAUUCGAGGUCAACUCACUUGGAGCAAUUCAUUGAGAUUUCGUGUGGCUUCAGCUACUUGUCAGAAUGCCUUAGUAUCAACUCAAAGUCGAGAAUUAUAUCUCAGUAGAAGUUCUUGGCUGCCUGCAUUAUCGAAUGUUUGUUGUGUAAAAUGCCAGAAUUCUACUAUCCAUCAUUUUUCUACCAGUGCUGAGAGUGGAAAGCUAUGCUGGGAAGGUUCCUCUCAUGGAAUUUUGUUGAAGAAACUCAAAACAGCAUUACAGUGUCGCCAUGUGGAUGAAGCAUGGGUAUCCUUUUCCGAUUUUAGGAAAUUGCAUGGCUUUCCUGAGGCUUCCCUUGUGCAUAGGUUGAUAACUGAACUUUCAUAUUCAUCAGAGCCGUAUUGGCUACGAAAAGCAUGUAGCUUAGUCUUGUUAAUAUCAAAAGAGAAGUCGUAUCUGCUACAAGGUGAUGUCUUGACAAAACUCACCCUCUCCUUAGCACGGUCUCAGUUGCCUAAUCCUGCCACAGUGAUUCUUAGAUUGAUGCUUGAGAAAGACAUGUUACCUUCCAUGAAUGUUUUGUGGUUGGUUGUUCUGCAUUUGGUAAAGACAGAAAUUGGUACACAUCUUGCUUCCAAUUUCUUAGCUCAAUUAUGUGGAAGUUUUGUAAACUUACGUGCAAACAAGAGCAAACACGCAGAACUAAUAAAACCUGAUACAAUGAUAUUUAAUCUAGUGCUUGAUGCAUGUGUGAGGUUUAAACUGGCUUUCAAAGGACAACAUAUUAUGGAAUUGAUGUCGCAAACAGGAGUUCUUGCUGAUGCACAUUCCAUCAUCAUUAUUGCCCAGAUUCAUGAAAUGAGUGGACAAAGGGAUGAGCUAAAGAAAUACAAAGUCCAUGUUGAUCAAGUUUUGUCUAAGUUCGUUUGCCAUUAUCGGCAAUACUAUGAUAGUUUGCUGAGCUUGCAUUUCAAGUUUAACGAUUUCGAUGCUGUAGCUGAGCUUGUGGGGCUCAUUUGCAAGUUCAAGGAGUGUCUUCCUAUUCAAAGAGACAAGAACUUAGAAAAGAUUUUUCUUGUUCCAAUUGGAUCUUACAAUCUAAAGGAUGGGUUGAAGAUGCAGAUACAACCUGAGCUGCUGCAGAAGGAUACUGUCCUGAAAGUGGAGAGUAGGCAAGAGCUUAUUCUUUUUAGGAAUGGCAAGCUUGUCCUUAGUUACAAGGCUCUUUCAAAACUCAUCAAAGAAUUCAAAACGGCUGGGAGGGUUAGUGAGUUGUCAAAACUUUUACUCGGAAUUCAAAAGGAACAAUGUUCUUUGAGAGGCUCUGAUUUGUGUUCUAAUGUGAUUGAUGCUUGUGUUCAUUUAGGAUGGCUAGAGUUGGCCCAUGACAUUUUGGAUGACAUGGAAAGCUCUAAUGCUGCUAUAGGUGUUAAUACUUAUAUGUUACUCUUGACAGCAUACUUUAAAGGAAAAAUGUUACGAGAAGCAAAGGCUUUGCUCAAACAAAUGAGGAAGGUUGGUAUGCCAAUGUUUUUAUCUGAUAAGAUGGUUGUCACAGAGAGUCUAUCGGACAUGGUAGAUAACAGCCCCAAGUAUGAUUAUUCAUCAAACUUGAUUGGUAAAUCAGAUUUAUAUCAUUCUUUGAUUCAAGAAGUGAAAGAUGAGAAGCUGAUUCCUUCAAUGGUUUUUGAGUUGAAUUCUUCUAUCUACUAUUUUUGCAAGGCCAAAAUGAUUGAGGAUGCUAUGAGAACAUACAAAAGAAUGCAAGAGAUAAACAUUCAACCAACUUUGGAAACUUUUACUAAUCUUGUGUGUGGAUAUUCUUCUCUGGGAAUGUACAGGGAUAUUACAAUCUUGUGGGGUGACAUAAAGAGGAGUAUGGAGUUUGGAAAUCUUUCAAUAAGCAGGGAUUUAUGUGAGCACUUGCUAAUGAACUUCCUUCAAGGUGGUUACUUUGAAAAAGUUAUGGAGAUCAUCAAUUAUAUGAAGAAACAUAAUAUGUUUACAGACAAGUGGAUGUAUAGGACUGAGUUCUUGAAACUUCAUAAGAAUCUUUACAAAAACUUGAAUUCAUCAGAAGCUAGAACUGAGGCUCAAAAAAACCGACUACGAUAUGUUUUGGCCUUUAGGAAAUGGGCUGACAUUGAUUAAGGUUUAUCAACAUAUGGGAUGUUCAUGGCAUUUUGGUUAUCUACUUUUGAAUGAUACAAGAGAAAUACCUUUUAAAAAUUAGGCUCACUGCCUGGAGGUGAUCGAUUGGGAUUAAAUUCUUGCAUGAAAGGUUGCAGCUUCGUUCUGGUACUUUCAUCUCUAUAGCUCGUCGAAUCCUUUUGUUGUUUAUGGGUGUGUCACUUUCUGGAUUUGCGUUACAAGCUGAACUGUGUAUUUCUAUAUUAUUUGUGUUGAUUUACUGUCUUAAUAUACUUUUCUAUGUUUUUUUUACACACAUACACAUAUACAUAUGUAUAUAUAUAUAUAUAAAUAUCGGAGUUCAUUUUA